AUGGGUAAGACGCGUGGUAUGGGUGCGGGGCGUAAGCUCCAGAUCCACAGGCGCAACCAGCGGUGGGCGGACAAGGACUUCAAGAAGAGCCACUUGGGCAGCGAGUGGAAGAAGCCCUUCGCCGGCGCUUCCCACGCCAAGGGCAUCGUGCUGGAGAAGAUCGGCAUUGAGGCCAAGCAGCCCAACUCGGCCAUCCGCAAGUGCGCGCGUGUGCAGCUGAUCAAGAACGGCAAGAAGAUUGCCGCCUUCGUGCCCAUGGACGGCUGCCUCAACUUCAUCGAGGAGAACGAUGAGGUGCUCAUCGCCGGGUUCGGUCGCCGCGGCCACGCCGUCGGUGAUAUCCCCGGUGUGCGCUUCAAGGAAGACAGCAGCGGCGGCGGCAGUGUCAGCAGCAGGGUGGCAGCGUCGGCUGUGGAGGAGUGCGGUGAGCGCCGCGCCAACGGCCAGGCUAACCCUUCCUCGGUGCCACCCUCGUAUCGCACGCGCGCUCUGCGCGCGCCGCAGGUCGUCAAGGUGGCGGGUGUGUCGCUGCUGGCGCUGUUCAAGAGCAAGAAGGAGAAGCCGCGCUCGUAG